AUGGUCGUGGACGUGGACGUGGACGUGAUCGUGGACGUGGACGUGGACGUGGACGUGGUCGUGGACGUGGACGUGGACGUGGUCGUGUACUUGGACGUGGACGUGAACGUGGUCGUGGACGUGGACGUGGACUUGGUCGUGGACGUGGACGUGGACUUGGUCGUGGACGUGGACGUGGUCGUGAUCGUGGUCGUGGACGUGGUCGUGGACGUGGACGUGGACGUGGACGUGGUCGUCGACGUGGUCGUGGACGUGGACGUGGUCGUGGACGUGGACUUGGACGUGGUCGUGGACGUGGUCGUCGACGUGGUCGUGGUCGUGGACGUGGACGUGGUCGUGGACGUGGACGUGGUCGUGGUCGUGGACGUGGACGUGGUCGUGGACGUGGACGUGGACGUGGACGUGGACGUGGUCGUGGACGUGUACGUGGACGUGUUCGUGGUCGUGGUCGUCGACGUGGUCGUGGUCGUGGUCGUGGACGUGGUCGUGGACGUGGACGUGGUCGUGGACGUGGACGUGGUCGUGGACGUGGACGUGGACGUGGACGUGGACGUGGACGUGGUCGUGGACGUGUACGUGGACGUGUUCGUGGUCGUGGUCGUCGACGUGGUCGUGGUCGUGGACGUGGACGUGGUCGUGGACGUGGACGUGGUCGUGGUCGUGGACGUGGACGUGGUCGUGGACGUGGACGUGGACGUGGACGUGGACGUGGACGUGGACGUGGACGUGGACGUGUUCGUGGUCGUGGUCGUGGUCAUGGACGUGGUCGUGGUCGUGGACGUGGACGUGGACGUGGUCGUGGACGUGGUCGUCGACGUGGUCGUGGACGUGGACGUGGUCGUGGACGUGGUCGUGGACGUGGACGUGGUCGUGGUCGUGGACGUGGUCGUGGACGUGGACGUGGUCGUGGACGUGAACGUGGACGUGGUCGUGGUCGUGGUCGUGGACGUGUUCGUGGACGUGGUCGUGGUCGUGGACGUGGACGUGGUCGUGGACGUGGACGUGGACGUGGACGUGGACGUGGUCGUGGACGUGUACGUGGACGUGGACGUGGACGUGGUGGUGGACGUGGACGUGGACGUGGUCGUAGACGUGGACGUGGACGUGGACGUGGUGGUGGACGUGGACGUGGUCGUGGACGUGGACGUGGUCGUGGAGGUGGUCGUGGUCGUGGUCGUGGACGUGGACGUGACGUGGUCAUGGGACGUGGUCGUGGACGUGGACGUCGACGUGGACGUGGACGUGGUCGUGGACGUGGACCUGGACGUGGACGUGGACGUGGACGUGGACGUGGACCUGGACGUGGACGUGGACGUGGACGUGGACGUGGACCUGGACGUGGACGUGGACGUGGACUUGGACGUGAACGUGGACGUGGACGUGGUCGUGGACGUGGACGUGGACGUGGACGUGGACUUGGACGUGAACGUGGACGUGGACGUGGUCGUGAACGUGGACGUGGACGUGAUCGUGGACGUGGUCGUGGACGUGGACGUGAACUUGGUCGUGGACGUGGACAAGGACGUGGUCGUGGACGUGGUCGUGGACGUGGACCUGGACGUGGUCGUGGACGUGGACCUGGACGUGGUCGUGGACGUGGUCGUGGACGUGGACCUGGACGUGGACGUGGUCGUGGACGUGGUCGUGGACGUGGACGUGGACGUGGACGUGGUCGUGGACGUGGACGUGGACUUGGACUUGGUCGUGGACGUGGUCGUGGACGUGGACGUGGACGUGGACGUGGUCGUGGACGUGGACGUGGACGUGGACGUGGACGUGGUCGUGGACGUGGACGUGGACGUGGACGUGCACGUGGUCGUGGACGUGGACGUGGACGUGGACGUGCACGUGGUCGUGGACGUGGACGUGGACGUGGACGUGCACGUGGUCGUGGACGUGGACGUGGACGUGGACGUGCACGUGGUCGUGGACGUGGUCGUGGACGUGGACGUGGACGUGGACGUGGACGUGGACGUGGUCGUGGACGUGGACGUGGACGUGGACGUGGUCAUGGACGUGGUCGUAGACGUGGACGUGGUCGUGGUCGUGCACGUGGUCGUGGACGUGGACGUGGUCGUGGUCGUGGACGUGGUCGUGGACGUGGACGUGGAUGUGGACGUGGACGUGGACGUGGUCGUGGACGUGGACGUGGACGUGGACGUGGAAUUGGACGUGGACGUGGACGUGGUCGUGGACGUGGACGUGGUCGUCAACGUGGACGUGGACGUGGUCGUGGACGUGGUCGUCGACGUGGACGGGGACGUGGACGUGGUCGUGGACGUGGUCGUGGACGUGGACGUGGACGUGGUCGUCGACGUGGUCGUCGACGUGGACGUGGUCGUGGACGUGGUCGUGGACGUGGUCGUGGACGUGGACGUGGACGUGGUCGUGGACGUGGACGUGGUCGUGGUCGUGGACGUGGACGUGGACGUGGUGGUGGACGUGGACGUGGACGCGGUCGUGGACGUGGACGUGGCCGUGGACGUGGUCGUGGCCGUGGAUGUGGACGUGUUCGUGGACGUGGACGUGGACGUGGUCGAGGACGUGGUCGUGGACGUGGUCGUGGACGUGGACGUGGUCGUGGACGUGGACUUGGACGUGGUCGUGGACGUGGUCGUGGACGUGGUCGUGGACGUGGUCGUGGAUGUGGUCGUGGACGUCGACGUGGACGUCGACGUGGACGUGGAUGUGGUCGUAUUCGUGGACGUGGUCGUGGUCGUGGACGUGGACGUGGUCGUGGACGUGGUCGUGGACGUGGACGUGGUCUAG